CGAAGGAUCUUCGAUGAGCAGACGGGAGCUUCAGGAUAUGGUGGAGCAGAGACGACAGCAGAAGAAAGCAGUGAAAAAAACCUCCAGCAAAUUCAAUAUCGACCAACUUCUGGAAAAGGUAGAGGAAUACCUUGAUACUUUUGAGUAUGAAAUGGCACAGAAGUUCUGCCAGAGGGCGCUAGAGAUGGAACCUGACAACGUGAGAGCGCUGGAGCUAUCAGGAAACCUGCUGGCAGAGCUCGGUGAUACGGAUGGAGCAAGAAAGUGCUUUGGUCGUGCAAUAACGGUGUGUCCUGAAGAAGGUUUCUCCAAGUACAUGUACAUGGGGCAGCUUCACGAAGGAUUGGAAGGGCUUCAGUUCUUCCAGAAAGGCGUGGAGCUCAUGAUCAAGGAAAGGGACAGUAAUCAGGAAGAAACACAAGGGGCUUCAAGUUCAUUAGAAAAUGGUUCUUCAAAUGUUUCCAAUGCUGAUAUAUCCAAAGCUUAUUGUACAAUUGCUGAAAUCUUCCUAACAGAUGCAUGCUUUGAAGAAGAUUCAGAUGAGAGAUGCAAGGCAGCUAUCGAUCAGGCCGUCAAUGAAGACCCUCACAAUCCAGAGGCGUAUCAACUCCUAGCUAGCUACUGGCUUAGUAAAGAUAAUAAAGAAGAAGCCAUGUCAUCAAUGAAGAAGAGUUUAUCACUAUGGCAACAUAUGGAAGGAGAUGGAGAAGGAGGCGGUGCUAAAGACAAUGACAUCGUAGCUGAACCCGUCUUGAGCUAUGAAAACAGAAUAGGAGCAGCAAAGAUUCUUAUGGAGCUAGAAAUGUGGGAUGAAUCAGAAAAUAUACUUCAUACCCUUAUAGAGGAGGAUGAUGAAGUAGUCCAGGUCUGGUAUAUGUUGGGCCUGGUCCAGUUUGAGCGAGGAUCAGAUGAAUGUAAACCACCAGCAAGAUACUACCUUCAUAAAGCUAAGAAGCUGUACUGUGCAUUAAGUUGUGACGAUGAGCAGGUCUUAGUCCAUAUCGACGAGCUUCUUUCAUCGUUAGGACUGGGAGAGGGGGAUGAGGAAGACUGGUUGGAAAGACAAAGAAAAGAAGAGGAAGAAGAGCAGGAUGAAGGGGAUGAAGAUAUUGACAGCGAAGCUUCGUCAGAUGAGGAGAUGGAACAUUGACAUAGAUUGUUGGUGGCACAAACUUUAUUACUCCCUUCCUUCAAAUGAUGCCUGCGGGAAUAUGCCUGCUCAUUGAUUGCUGCACACUAUCAGUUUCCAGUAGUUGCAUGUAGCAAAAGAGGAUAUGGUUCAUACAGAAAAUUGUUAUCAUGCAAACAUGUAUAACAAUACAUUAUGGUAAAAUGUGCACAAUAAGACCUUAAUAAACUUUCAUUAAAAGUCAUAUCCUAAUGUAGUAAUCAUCCAGGACUACUGACAAAAAAAAUGAUUUUCUUGAUUCCAUAUAGACUUUUAUAGAAGGCCAUCAGGUUUCAUUAGACUGUAGUUUAAUAAAAUCACAACAGAGAAAGUUAUCAAGAACCUGUUCGACAUUUAGAUUGCACUACGAUUUUUUUCUGUAGUCCACAGCCCAAGAUACCUUGUUAACAGUCUCGAUAUUUCUUCCCUCGCUAUGAAUAUACAGAUUAGUGAUAGCUGCAAAAUUGGGCUAGUUCAUUGGUAGCACUGUAUGGGUGAAAAGAAAAUGUAUACGUACAUGUACAUGAAGGACACCAUUCUUUUGUGUUUGAAUCCCACCACAUUCUAGCAUCCUAUUUACAAGCGUCGGUCCACACUUUGCCACUCUCCACCCAGGUGUUACGUGGGCACCCAGUAGGAUGCAGAAGUUAUGUAGUAUGCCUAGCAUCAGAGUUUUUGUUGGAAUUCUCCCCAAGGAGUAGAGAGAGUGCAUACAUUGUAUGUGGGCAAUUUAUGAUCUUAUGACUGGGUUUUAUAUACUUGUAAGUUGUAGACUAUUUAGAGAUGUUCCGAUGUAUUAAGCUCUAUAUAAAGCAGAAUAUUAUUCUUUUUAGUCGUUUGGUUUAAAUUAAACAGUCAUCAAACGUACUGCUGGCAGUAAUCUUAAUCACAGUUACUUGGUGGCUUUUCUAGAAUGAUGCACAUCGUAUAGGCGCCACGGUGCAGUAACUGUGUUGCUGGACAUGCACUCAGAGCUACCAAGUUCAAUUUCAAAGACCAGAUAAGCGCAAGAUUUUCUGUGACUCACUCCCCGUGAGAGCACAGGCAUUGUGUAUAAUAUAUAUGGGGAUAGGCUGUGAUACAUGCGUGAGAAAGAUUUGGCGGAUGAGCAAGAUUCCCAAAUCCCAAAAGUGAGUCUCGCGCCCAACGCAUGACACUUGGUAUGUCUGUCCACUACCCUCCAAAGGUUAAGUACAGGGGGGGGGCGUUUUAUAAUUUCAGUGAAAUCUUUGGUUUUGAUUGGCUGAGAAGCACUGGCCUCUGGCUGUUACUGUGGUAACUGUCGGAGAAAAGCAACCUGUCAGUGCUGACAACUUUCAUGACACAGACCCGGUAAUCAUCACUCUUUCAACCUCAGCCACAUUUUAUAUAUGAUUAUAAUUUGGUAUUUAAAGAGAAAACAUCAGCCUUCAAGUUAACAUCACAACCCUUUAUGAAUCGAUUCAGGAAGCAUUCACAAAAAGUUGAAAAUAAUAAGCUGGAAAUAAAAAACAAAAACAGCUGAAGUCGGCUGAACAUGCUUUCCUGCUCUUUUCUGGCUUAAUAUCUGAUUUUCAAUCCUAAAACACUUCUAUUGUCAAACUCUCAAAACUAAAAUCCUGUUUAAAACUCAAAUUUUAAUGUGAAAUUUGUAUAUUUCAUGCUUUAAAGGAAAGCCAAAUAAUAUAAAUUUAAAAAGUUUUUAAUUUGUGGUUAUCCUUUUAAUUACACGGAUAUAAACAAAGUGCAUUGGUUUCCUUACCAAUGUGAAAAACCACGUGCUGAUCAUGGGAUUAAGAGGCUCAGUAUCGAGUCAACCAGAAUGAAGAAUAAGUAAUAAUUUGAAUUAUACAUUGCCAUUUCGUUGCUUUAAAUAAAUGUUAUUUAUCUACAAA